GGAAAUGUCCGGCUGCCCUGGUAUAAGAGGCCAGGCACCAGGGCUGGCCUGGCAGUGCAGCAGCAUGGGUGGCCUCUCUGCAGCGCUCUGCCUCAGCUGGGCCCUGGCGCUGGUGGGCGCCCACCCCUUGGGACACGGCGGCCAUGGCAACAAGACGGUCGGCCCCUGGCAUCACCUGGGCUCGGAGCCUCCAGCCAACAGCACUGAGUUAAUGCAGCGCUGUGCAGACGAGGAGGGCUUUGACGCCGUCACGCUAGACGAGGCAGGCACCAUGGUCUUCUUCAAAGGCUCUUUGGUCUGGAAGGGCUUCACAGGCGCUGCGGAGCCCAUCAAGGACUCCUGGCCUGAGAUCCAAGGCCCUGUCGAUGCAGCCCUGCGGAUCCACUACCACGACCACCCAGAGGGCCUUCACGACAACGUUUUGCUCUUCCAGGGCAAGAGGGUCUGGGCGUACCACGAAGGGAGGCUGAGACUCGGCUACCCCAAGCUGAUCCAGGAGGAGUUCCCGGGCAUCCCAGCCGACCUGGACGCAGCUGUGGAAUGCCAUCCGAAGGAAUGCCCGUCUGAGACAAUCGUGUUCUUCCAGGGGUCCAGGGCGUUCACCUAUGACCUGCGGACGAAGGCGAUGAAGCAGCGUGCCUGGCCAGCCAUCUCCAACUGCACCGCGGCCGUGCGCUGGCUGGAGCGCUACUAUUGCUUCCAAGGCAUCCGCUUCCUGCGAUUCAAUCCGCUGCGGGGCGAUGUGCCACCCCGCUACCCGCUGGAUGCCCGGGACUACUUCAUGCACUGCCCUGGCAGAGGCCACGGGAGGGAGUCCCAGAAGAACGCCACGCUCUGGGGCAUCCUUGAUGCCUGCAGUGGGCGCCCUUUUCCGGCCUUCUCCUCAGACGACCCUGGGCGAAUCUACGCCUUUCGCGGCGGCCACUACUUCCGGGUGGACUCCGUGCGAGACGGGCUGCAUGCUUGGCUCUUGAACCACACCUGGUCAGGGCUGGAGGGGGAGGUGGACGCCGCCUUCAACUGGGCAGACAAACUCUACUUCAUCCAGGGCUCUCAGGUUACCAUCUACAGGUCUGAGCACGGCUACAGCCGGGUGGAGGGCUAUCCGCGGCCCCUGGUAGAGGAGCUGGGCGUGUCCCAAGCAGACGCUGCCUUCACUUGCCCCCACUCCUCGGUGCUGCACGUCAUCCAAGGAAGUCAACUCCAGUCGAUUGAUCUGCAUCAGAGUCCUCGUCGCCCGGGGCCACCACAGCUCCUCCCCCAUCCCCACGUGGACAGCGCCAUCUGCACCACCAAGGGGGUCUUCCUCUUCGUGGGGGCUGACUUCCACCAGUACCAGGACGUGGCCCAGCUCAGCGCCGCUACCGUCUCGGCACCAGCCCAGAACACUGCGGCCGUCUUUUUCCGCUGCUCUCCCUCCGGGGCUCCCCACCCUCCUCCCCGGGGAGGGCACCACCCCCGAGACCACCCUCAAUAAACCUCUUAUCUCAGCCA